AUGAAUUGGACUGGUGGCAACCUGCAGCGUCACUCUAAAUCCAACGCCAAUGCGCUUGUCAAGAAACAACGGCAGAAUUUUGCAAGGGCCAGGCUUCAACCUCAAUCUCGCCGUCCUUGUCCUCCAUCGCCUGCAUUCUCUAUACACGGGGCUUCCCAACACAAAUUUCCUCCGAAGGCAGAGCAGUCCUCUGGGAAGACAAGCGCAAGACAUCACCUAGCGCAUGGCUUCAACUUCAGUACCGAAGAAAAGAGGUCAAUUGAUGGUCAGCCUCCCGGAACGAACGUUUUGCGAUCCCUAACGGGACAAGUGCCAGGUCAGGCGUCUGAUGAUGAGCAGAGUGAAAGUGCCAACGGCCUUGAAACCGCCCGCAAAGCUCUGCUAGACAAAGCUGACUGGGUCGGACUCGCCACCGUACGGCCACUGAAGUUCGAUCAACAUGCCCGAGAUGACAUCAAAGGAUUAGGUCGUCGACGCAAGAUUGCACAGCUCAAAAAAUCACGUCCGAUGUCCCAGAAGAAUUCAGACCAAAGGAAAUUAGGCUCAACACGGCCGGCUCUCGACGUUCCUUCUUUGCGUACAGAAGAGAUCAGCCUGAGGAUAGGAUCCAAUAUACACCAGACCCAAACCACUCCCAGCAUUGUUGUCUGCAAAGAGCCCAUCCACCCAGCAGAAAGAGCUAUGGACGAACUGGUGCCACCCGAGAAUCGGUGGGGCAAAAAAGCAACAGGCAACACAGGAGAUGAGGCACGGAAGGGGAGCAGUGACAAAAACCAAGCCCGUGCUUGCGGGCCAAGCAGGGGGGCAACGGCUCCCCUCGACUCACCAAACGAACACAAUCUCAUCGGCCUAAAUGAAGCUGUUGCCCUUGGCCUCACGUCCUGGGACAAAGUCCGUGUGUUCGCUCUGUCGGGGAUCCAGAGGAGCGUUUCAAUUUCGAGUGCGUCGUCGACGAGGACAUCUCCAAAUCCCCUGGGCACCGAAGUGGACGUCCACCGUAAGCAAGGCUUGUGUCAACAGGACGAAGCACUUGCUAUUUCUGACGGCUCUUAUGGACACAUCUCGCCACAGGUCUCAACACCAGUCUUGCCGGAUAUAAUCCACCGCGUUAUUGCUGUGGGGAUACUAAAAGAUCGUCCAGGACAAAAAUUGAGUCCAUCAUCCUUUCUCGAGCCAGCCCUGCACCCUGAUCACACACUCACGCCGAGUCGUUCUCUAGCUGAGGAAAGCAUACCUGUCACCUCGGACGUGACGUACAAAUAUGAUGUGGCUCUCGGAGGCCAAGUGGCACCACAUCCACAAUUUACGCUGGAUGAUCAAGUGAAACUAGAGCGGACAGUGAAGGAACUCGAGUGGGAAAGUCAGCAGGCAAGAGAAUCUUCUCCUGCUGCUGACAAGAUGGGACACAACGAUACAAUUGAUUCGCUGUGGUUUCCAAACAAUAUCAGCACUUCAGAUGUUGGUUUCGCAAGUGAUUCGGAUCUCUCUGGGUUUGCAUCUGUGUUCAGUUCAAACGAGAAUGAAUUUCCCAGCCACCAUCAUCCUGUCACUAGGGCCACUGGCGUGUACACGAAAUGCAUUACCAAAGAACAACAAUCUCGACCAGAAGAAGUCCCCAACCUCAUUACCAGCGAGACAGGCUGCUUUUUGAAUCCCGAUGGUGUCGGAAAGGCCCCGCUUUGGCUUACAGAUUGCCGUCCUGGAGGUCCACUCGCUCUUCGAAAGGGGGAACAGGUCGACCAGACAAGUGCUUCGCAGAGGCCGGUCACAUCCAACACGAGACAAAAUAUUGAUAUGGACAAUGAAGCGUGGAUGAGAUAUGUGUUUCCGGGGAAUUUUGACCAGACUCAGGAUGUGUUUCACUUCCAAGGUGGCGCCGUCCCACCAAAAUCUAUCAACAGUUGGCCUGAUGCAAACUUAACCAUCAACAAGCCAUCAUGUUCUCGCCAUGACAUUUCCGGCGCCUGGGUUGAGCGGAAGCGAUCAGGCUCAGCACCUAGAGUCAUUGAUUCGCCCAAUUCCAUUCCCACUGCCGUGAAUACUCCAAUCUUCGUACCAACCCUACCAUAUCGUGAUCACUCCGAGACGGAUUUUCUGUCACAACUUAGUCCAAUGGAGGGUCACUUCGACGAGAGACUGCGCGAUAUAUCACUAUACAACAACGCUCCGGAGACUGACCUUGAAAUUGACAUUAGCCCGAGUGGCAGUUUGCAUACAUUCGGGGAUGGAGCGAGCAGGAAUCUUCCAGGAUCCCUUGUCCCAGCAAAAAGGAAGGCCCUGGAUCCACUCAGGGAACGAGCAUCAUCUGGCUGGCUCAGGUCCAUAGAUCGCUCAAGCUCGAAAUCAUUGCCGUUGCCGCACGGCCAGCCAAGCGUCUGGUCCUUUAGCGAUAGUGGCGGCUCCGCAAAUACCGUACAAGACAGUAUUGAACCAACCAGCAAACGGAGGUCAGCUGCUGCCCGCCCUCACCAGUCCACGGCGUUCCAGAAGCCCGUCGAUAAAUUUGGUCAGACUCAAACUCUGGUGCAAGGCAGUUUGAAAAGGAGCGAGCAGGCGUGGACAGCUGCACGCGGUGGGGAGCCCCCGGGCAGGAGUGGCAAGCUGACGGCGGAUUCGUCGCCGUCUCGUUCGUGUAGAACCACGAGAUCGACGAUCAAGAAUCAUGCGCGGACAGCCUCGUUUCAACUAUGGUCCGGCGUUCCCACUGCACCAUCGACACCGUUCGCCAGCUUAGAGUCCGCGAAUACUCAACUGUCGCCUCCGGUACCGCCAGUGAUCCUACUCAGGCGCUGUAAAAGAAACAACCCGAUCACGAACAUUCAUGCGCCUCAACCACUACAUCUUGUCCGAGCACCUACACAUGUUUCUACGCAAAUCCGUUUAUGGAGCGAAGGCCAGUGA